GUCACAAAUGAAAAGAGAAAUUUUGAUAUUGAAUAAAUUAAAUAGUGUGGGAGGGUAAAAUUUUAAAGAAGAUGGAUAAAGAGGAAGAAGACGCGCAUUGAAAUUGAUGUUUGUGAGAUGAAUUGUGCUACAGCAGCAACCGCACUGGCUUCUCCGUUGCCAUCUCCAACUUCCCUUCUUUCGUUGAAUUCUAGUGAUGUUGUGGAAGUGAAACCCAAUCAAAAUGGGUAUAAGUGGCGCUUGGUUUUGGCAUAUGAUGGAACCAGAUAUUCAGGUUGGCAAUAUCAAGAGUCUCCCCCUACUGUACAAUGCGCAGUUGAAAAAGCUUUAAUUCAAACCACAAAGCUUCAAAGGAAGGAUCUUCAGUUGGUUGGUGCAAGCAGAACUGAUGCAGGAGUCCAUGCCUGGGGUCAGGUUGCACAUUUUUUUACGCCGUUUAAUUACGAAAACUUGGAUAGAAUUCACGCGGCUUUGAAUGGUCUUCUUCCUUCCGAUAUCCGACUUAGAGAGAUCAGCCCUGCGUCCGCUGAAUUCCAUGCUCGCUUUUCUGUAAAAAGUAAGAUUUAUCAUUACAAGAUUUACAGUGAUACCGUCAUGGAUCCGUUCCAGCGCCAUUUCGCUUACCAUAAUAUGUAUAAACUCAAUAUCGCUGCUAUGAGAGAUGCUGCAAAAUAUUUUAUCGGGAAGCAAAAUUUCUCUGCUUUCGAAAAUGCUUCUCAUAAUGAUCGCGUAACAGAUCCGGUGAAGCAUAUUUUCCGAUUUGACGUGAAAGAAAUGGGAGCUCUUUUGCAGCUAGAAGUUGAAGGCUCGGGUUUCUUGUACAGACAAGUCCGAAACAUGGUGGCUUUGUUGCUUCAAGUUGGUAAGGAAGCGAUUCCUCCGGACAUUGUUCCACAUAUUUUGGCAAGUCGAGAUCGCAGGGAGCUUGCGAAAUACUCGUUUUAUCUUCCACCACACGGUCUUUGUCUUGUUUCUAUCGACUAUAAUGAAAGUCACUUGUUGCCUCCACCAGAUUGCCCUGCAAAAAGUUUUGGUAUGCAUUAUACCAUAAGAAAAUGCAAAGUUGUAUUCUAUUGAUAAUAACUAGGUAGCAGAACAAACAGUCUCUGAUAUUUACACAUUCAUUGGAUGUUUGUGCUUGAUGCUUCAUAAUCAAUAAGUUGCUGGAGCAGUGGAGCCUAAAAUAGGGAUUUAGCUUAAGGGCUGGUUCAGAGAUGUAAUUGAGAAGUUCUGUAUUUGAUAUGUUAGAUUUGUUUAAAUUAAAAAAUUUAGUUAAAUGAUGUCUACAUUUUUACA